UUUUUAACAAAUCAAAGAAACAUGAAUCCAUUUGCUUCUUUCUUGCUUAUCUUAUCUUCUCUAGCUUUGGUUUCCAUGGCCAGUGCUCAAGACAGAGCUCCCCAUGGCAUUGCAUACGAGAGCCCUAUGGCCUUUUCGCCUUCGGCAUAUGACUUUUUCCAUCCCAACACCGAAAACCCUUGCUCGGCUUCCAAGUGCUCACCACCGUUACCUGUUGCGGCUCAAGUCGACGGUUCUAAAGCGCUUGCAGAGAAGGUAUCAUCGACACAGGAUAAAUCAGGCCGUGGAAUGGGAGCGGGUGGAGUUGCUGCCAUUGUUUUCAGCUUGGCAUUUGCAGUGCUUUUGGCAAUGGGUGUUUACUAUGUGCUGAUCGCCCGUCGAGCUAAUGCUGAUCGAACAAACAUUGUUCAAGCUGAUGCCUAGAUCAUUUUGCUCUUCAAACAUAUCCAAUUCUCAAUGUACAAUAUAGGCCAAGGCUUGCUAACGAUGGAGUAGCAGUUA